AGGCAGCAUGAGGCCCAUUUUCUGUGGAAACUUUGAGUAUGAUGCUAGGCAGUCUGAAUUGGAACGCCUUUUCAGACGAUAUGGAAGAGUUGAAAGAGUAGAUAUGAAAUCUGGAUUAUCUUGGGAAAUCCAUUCUCUUCCUGGCUAAUGGAUGGGUCAUCAGUAUUCUCUUUUCUGCCUGUGACGAGCUUCCUCUUCUUGAUUUUAAGAAGAGUCACUCUGAUCCGCAAUGACAGAACCUUACAAAUUUUCCUGAGACACUAUUGCCCUUCAUUCCACAUGUUUUCCCAGUCCCAGCCUUCAAUAUCAGACAUGUUUUCAGCUAGAAACAUUGCGACCUCACAGCAGAGGCAGCAGAAUAGAUGGCGAAGGCACUCUAUUUUCAUUGACAUACCAUGACAUCCACUUUUUGAUGCUAGUUCCUUGACAUCUUAAUUCAUCAUACAAGGAUUUGCUUUUAUCUACAUGGAAGAUGAGAGAGAUGCUGAAGAUGCAAUUCGAGGACUCGAUAGAAUAGAGUUUGGCCGCAAAGGGCGCAGGCUGCGGGUUGAAUGGACUAAGCAAGAGCGAGGCAUUAGAAGGCCUGGUACUGGUAGUUCUAGAAAAUCUUCAGGUACUACUAGGCCAUCCAAGACCUUGUUUGUUAUCAACUUUGAUCCGCAUCAUACAAGGACAAAGGACUUGGAGAGGCACUUUGAACCAUAUGGAAGGAUAGUGAGCGUUAGAAUUAGAAGAAAUUUUGCAUUUGUGCAGUAUGAGUCACAGGAGGAUGCAACCAAGGCAUUAGAAGCUACAAAUAUGAGCAAGUUAGUGGAUCGAGUUAUUUCAGUGGAGUAUGCAGUUCGGGAUGAUGAUGAAAGGAGGAACGGACAGAGUCCUGACAGAGGUCGCGACAGAUCACCGGAUAGGCGAAGCAAUGAUAGGAGGAGGUCUCCAAGUCCUUACCGAAGAGAAAGAGGAAGUCCUGAUUAUGGUCGUGGUGCCAGCCCUGGUCCUUACCGCAGAGAAAGAGCUAGCCCAGACUAUGGUCGUCGUCGCAGCCCAAGCCCCUAUAGGAGGGAUAGGGCUAGCCCUGAUUAUGGGCGGACCUCGAGUCGCAGUCCAUACAGGCGAGAAAGACCUGGCAGUGACCAUGGUCGGGGUUCUAGCCGCAGUCCUUAUCGUAGGGGAAGAGGUACUCCUGACAACGGGCGUGGAGACAGUGCUAGUCCUUAUAAAAAGGAUAGAAUGAGCCCGGAGAAUGGUCAUGACCGUAGCCGUAGUCCACAUAGAAGAGAAAGGGCUAAUCCCGAGAAUGGUCGGGGUUCCAGUCGAAGUCCAUAUGAAAGGGAUGGAGCGAGUCCUGAGAAUGGUGGUCGGACGUCCCCAAACGAAGAGAAGGAGAGCCCAAUUGAUGGUGGAGUUGAAAGCCCAAUGCAAGAGAGAUACCAGAGUCGUUCACCCCCAGGCCCAGAUGAUGAAUGAUGAUGAUGCGGUGCUUUAGUGAUGGCAACUGUUUUUCAUUUUGUAAUGUAGAAUUAAGCAUGUAGUGUUUCUGUGCAAAGAUAUUAUGAAUUUAUUGGUGUUUUUGAAUUGAGAAUUAUUUAUAUCAAACGUGCGACUGCAGCUCUGUUUGUAGUUGUAUUCUGGUA